CUCCAAAUCCUCCUCUUUCAGUCGUGGUGCAAGCAGCCAUGUUGCCGCGAGCUUGUUCCGGUAUCAGGGCAGGAUCGUGCGCAUAGACUGCAGCUCGGGCGCAGCUCCUCGCCUCUCUCUCUCUCUCACACACUCACUCACUCUCUGUGUCGCCGUGACACGCACCUCCUAACAAGAAAACCCCAGUUAACCGAUAAUGGAUUUUACAACUUGAUGAUUCCUCUUUUGAGUCGGCUGCUCACGGGAAUAACAGCAGGUCGGUGUACCGACAGGACGAGCUGGUGUGUGUAUAUAUAUAUAUAUCGCCACACUGCAGUGCAGCACUGGUGAACGACCUUAUUCCAAUCACGCAAACACAAGGAAGAGCGCCGGUGAUUUCCGUGGAUUUUUUUUUUUAGUUUUGUGGGCUGCUCUGUGGCAGUCACCGCCGCCGCGGCCGCAGGAGGACAAGCUAACCAGCUAGCUCUGCCCCUAAAGAAACACUGAAUCAGCUAGCUACAUGGGCUAAUAUUGGCCAGCCAGUUAGCCAGCGCGACAAAUUAAAUCGCGUUUCUUCACCUGCCAUGUGAUUUAUUAUUUUUUUAUACACAUGCUGCUGUUUUUAUUUUUCGGAUACCCCUAAAAAAACAACAAAAAAAAAAACCUGGGAAUAUUUCACUGGGAAUUUUUGACUUGCGUUUCGUGUGUGAGUUGGGGAAGGUCGAGACCUCCUCGCCGGGAAUAACUUUGGCCUCCUGAAAGUUUUGUGUGUUAAAGAGACCUGCUUUUCUUUUAAAAAAAAAAAAAAAACUGAGAGGAAACACAUCUCUGCCACGAAGAGAGAGAGAAGAAAAGAAAAGAAGAAGGAAAAAAAACAGGCGUCGACACAAAAACAAGCUCCGUGAAAGACGACGCCGGAGUUUAAAAAGAUUUGCUGUGAAGAAUUUCGGCGACGGUUGGAGGAGACGUUGGUUAGCAGCCGUUAGCAUGCUAACCGCCUAACUGAAGCUCGUCUUGUUUCAACCGUUGCCCAACUUUUUUUUUUUUUUCUCUCCGAGCUAGCUCUCAAACGUCACCGCGUCGGUGUGAAAGCUCCGCUGGGGUCACCGUCGACGCCGAUAAAUGCUAAUUGGGAACUGAAUGUUUUCAGGCCGAAGCUGAAGAAGACGUUUUUUUUUGUUGUUGUUGUUGUUGCUUUUUUUUCUUCUUCUUGUUGACAAACAUGGGACGUGCUGCUGCUGCUAGCUAGUCUUCUAGCUAGCUGGCUAACUCGGCUGAUGUGGGAUUCAACUUGUUGAUUCACGAGCUAUCUGUCGUGCUGCUGCUAGCUGGCUAGCACUGGACAACUGUUGGAAAUUUAUCCCCCCCCUUUUCUCUCCCGUCCUUCACCAUCAACUAGACAGGUUUUAAAUGCACAAUAGACACUGAAAGGUCGUUCUGGUUUUUACCGUUCCUCCCCCCCCUCCCCUCCUUUUUUUUUUUUUUUUUUUUUUGGGGCAACUUCAAGUCUUUCAAAAAUGUCAACAAGGAUCCCUCUGGUGCAAGUCAUUGAAAACUCAGCCGGGCAGGAGUCCAAGUCGUCCGGCCGCUCCAGCAUGCCGCGAUGUCGGAACUCCGUCGCCACAACCACAUCAGAUGAGCAGCCGCACAUUGGUAACUAUCGGUUGCUAAAAACCAUCGGCAAAGGCAACUUCGCCAAGGUCAAACUGGCACGACACGUCCUCACCGGAAAAGAGGUGGCUGUAAAGAUCAUUGAUAAGACACAGCUCAACUCCUCCAGUUUGCAGAAGCUCUUCCGGGAGGUGAGGAUCAUGAAGAUGUUGAAUCACCCUAACAUAGUCAAGCUCUUUGAGGUGAUAGAGACAGAGAAGACUUUGUACCUGGUAAUGGAGUACGCCAGUGGAGGAGAGGUCUUUGAUUACUUGGUGGCCCAUGGCAGGAUGAAAGAGAAAGAAGCCCGUGCCAAAUUCAGACAGAUUGUGUCAGCGGUGCAGUAUUGCCAUCAGAAGUGUAUAGUACACAGAGACCUCAAGGCGGAGAACCUGCUGCUGGACGCAGACAUGAACAUCAAGAUAGCAGACUUUGGCUUCAGUAAUGAGUUCACUCUGGGGAACAAGCUGGACACGUUCUGCGGCUCUCCGCCCUACGCUGCCCCGGAGCUCUUCCAGGGGAAGAAGUACGACGGGCCCGAGGUGGACGUUUGGAGCCUGGGGGUGAUCCUCUACACACUGGUCAGCGGCUCGCUGCCCUUCGAUGGACAGAACCUCAAGGAACUGAGAGAGCGCGUGCUGCGUGGUAAAUACAGGAUUCCUUUCUACAUGUCCACGGACUGUGAGAACUUGCUCAAAAAGUUCCUCAUCCUGAACCCCUCCAAAAGAGGCAGCCUCGAGCAGCAGAUAAUGAGGGACCGGUGGAUGAAUGUGGGCUACGAGGAGGAAGAACUCAAACCCUACAUCGAACCCCAGCCAGAUUAUAAGGACCCCAGGAGGACAGACAUCAUGCUGCAGAUGGGAUUCUCUCAGGAGGAGAUCCAGGACUCGCUGGUGAACCAGAAGUACAAUGAUGUGAUGGCUGCAUAUCUGCUACUGGACUAUAGGAACUCUGAGCUGGAUGAAGGUUGCAUCAAGCCCCGGCCAGGAAGUGAUGUAAGCAACAUAAACGCCCCCUCCCCGCCUCACAAGGUACAGCGCAGUGUGUCGUCCAACCAGAAGCCUCAGAACCGCAGAGCCACUGAUCAGGGUGAGACUGGCUCCUCCUACUCCAAGAGGGGGGGUCAAGGGGACAACAGGACUGCAGCGGAGGACUCUGGGAGGAAAGGUUCAUCAGGCAGCUCCACCACCAAGGUGCCGGCCAGCCCUCUGGUCUCCUCUGACCGCAAGAAGAGCGCCACGCCCUCCACCAAUAGCAUCCUGUCCACCGGUACCGGGCGCAGUCGGAACUCUCCUCUGACUGAGAGAGCUACGCUUGGCCAGGGCAUCCAGAACGGCAAGGACAGCCUAAACACUCCGGGCUCCCGUGCCUCCACUGCCUCGGCCGCUGCCGUCCUCUCAUCCUCCUCAUCCUCCUCGCGUUCCCGCCACCACAAGUCCCUGUCCUCCUCCAAUCAUCCAUGCCCCUCUGACCUGCACGCACCACGGCCCAGCGCCCCAACUCAGCGGGCACCCGUUGCCUCCCCGUCUGCCCACAACAUCAGCAGCGCUGCCGCGUCCGACCGCCCCAACUUCAACCGAGGGGUGGGCAUCCGCAGCACAUUCCACGCAGGACAGCAGCGGGGCGCCCGGGACCAGCAGGGCUCUGCCUACACCGGCGGGCCCGCGUCCCCGUCACUGUCACAUGGCAACAGCCAGGCCCGGAGGACACACGGCGCCACCGGGAUUUUCAGCAAGUUCACAUCCAAGUUUGUACGCAGAAAUCUCUCGUUCAGGUUUCCGAGAAGGAGUCCGUAUGAGGGAGAGGGUCGGGAUGAGGGGAGCAGAUCUAUGCUGAGCAGUACAGUGGACAAGUCAGAGAAGACGUCCGGUGUUCUCUCCUCCUCUUCCAACAAUGAUGAGAACAACUCCUCACCAGGAUCUGGUAACACUGGUGGCACCGGCACCCCACCUGCCAUUGCCAGCCAAAAGGACUCAGCCAAGCCUCGCUCUCUUCGCUUCACGUGGUCCAUGAAGACCACGUCGUCCAUGGAGCCCGCGGAGAUGAUGCGCGAGAUCCGCAAGGUGCUCGACUCCAACAGCUGCGAGUACGAGCUGCGCGAGCGCUACAUGCUGCUGUGCGUGUCGGGCAACCCGGCCCGCGACGACUUCGUCCAGUGGGAGAUGGAGGUGUGCAAGCUGCCGCGGCUCUCCCUCAACGGCGUGCGCUUCAAGCGGAUCUCAGGCACGUCCAUCGCCUUCAAGAACAUUGCCUCAAAGAUUGCCAACGAGCUCAAACUGCCUUGAAUCGGUCCAGGACGGAGAGAGAAAGCAGGAGAAGCAUCAAAAGGUUUCUCAUAUCAGAGCACAUGUUCACGUUCAAAUAAUAAACAAAACAAAACAGAAGAAGCCA